AUGACUUCCAGCCCAUCAGGUACGUCGAUCGGGAGAGCCCGUGGUUUGAAGCGAUGCUUGAUAGGAUUCACCAAAUAUUCAAAGCUCCCGCCUUCGGAUUCCUCUCAAGACAUCGUGCCCUACCAUGAAGAAGACCCGGAACCAAUCACCAAUGGCCAUUCCAAAACACAGGAGGUCAAUCAGCAUGCGCAGAACGGCAGCAGAGUUCAAAGGUCGCCGGGAAAGGAUUCGGGGUCAUCUUCAGACAAACCUCGUGCUCCUGACGGAGGUUACGGCUGGUUCAUCCUGCUGGCUGCCCAUUGCACGCUCAUCUUCAGGGAGGGGAUUGCUAAGUGCCUUGGUGUAUUCCUGCCAACCUUCCGAACUUACUUCGGUGUGUCCACGUCUCUGAUUGGCUGGAUUAGUUCGCUCUGCGUCACGUUUGCUGAUUUUACAGGUUUGAUAAGUGGUCCGUUAUGCAGACGUUUUGGUUGUCGACCGAUUGCUAUGGCUGGAGGCUUCUUUGGUGGGACAGGUCUGAUAUUAGCUGCUGGUACUACCGACGUCAGUCAGCUCUCAAUAUGUCUAUCAAUAUCAGGUAUCGGUCUAGGUCUUGCUCUUACGCCAAGUCUCACAAUGGUUGGCCAUUACUUCGAGAAGAGAUACAGUCUUGCCAAUGGUCUAGCGUACGCCGGGUCUGGAGUAGGGAUCCUGGUCCUAGCGCCGUUAGCCCAGAUCCUCAUAGAUACGUACGGCUGGCGAGGAGGUCUCUUCAUAAUAGGGGCGCUGUGCUUCCAUGUCAGUGUGUGUGGCACCCUCUUGCGUCCAAUUAAAGUUAGACCUAGUCCUGAAAGACGACGAAAGGACAAGAUGGAAUAUAAAUCGGUAGAGGUCGAGUCGGAUGACUGCAUAGAUGAAAAGGAAUACGUUUCAAAAGGAAUAAUGUGUGAUCUAGGACCAGAAGAUGAUGAUGAGGGUGCAGAAAACACUAGACCUGUUUCGCAAAGCAAUGGCUUUAAAGACAAUAACAUUAAAUCCAACGAAUCAUUUGAGCUCAAACAUAUAGAGAAGACUGAAACAGAGAACGGGUACACCAAUGGAUCGGUGUAUGUAGACGAUGGGGAAGAUCGUACAGUAACUGAUGUAGAAAAAUGCGAUACGUUAAAGACAGGAGACGAGGACGAAGCGCGAGCAGAGACAAGGGCGGAAAGAUGCUACUCGCUUCUAGGCCUAUCUUUGUUCAAAGACGUUUACUUUAUCAUUCUCAUGGUCGUCCAAUUUUGUGGGCGGUUUGUCUACAUGGGUUGGCUUAUUUACCUCGUGCCCCACGCACAAGAGAAAGGAAUCGCACCUCUUCAGGCCACCUUCAUAGCUUCAGUUGCCGGUGUGUCGAACAUCGUCGCCCGAGCUGGGCAUGGUUUGAUUGUAGACUAUAAAAUACUUACUGCUGCACAGCUUCUCACCAUUUCUUCCUUUCUGUCUGCCGCGCCAAUGCUGCUUGAUCCUGUGUUGAAUAGCUACGGGGCUCUCAUCACAGCCUCGCUUACCUACGGGGCAGCCAGCGGCGUGUUCUUCCCGAUAGCUGUGGUUGUGAUUAAGCAGUCCAUCGGCAUGGAAAGAUUUCCCAAUGCACUGGGUUGGUCCUACGGAUUCGCUGGGAUUGGACGGAUGUCAGCUGGUUUCCUGACAGGUUGGCUGUUCGACCAAUUCGGAAGCUACGAUCAAUCCUUCAUUCUACUCGGUAUCAUCCAAACCUUCGCGUCUGUUUUGCUCAUCGUACUUCUCUGUCUCAAUAGGCGAAAAGCGAGGAAGGAAAAAGAAGAAAAUAAAUCUUAAAUGUAUGUUAUUUUAUCUUCUCACCGGAUCCAGUCUAAGCUGACUUCCUCCUUCCUCAUUAAUGGCUGGUAAAAUAACAUUAGUCCAGAAUCUUCACCACCGUUAUUCUGUUGCAAGCUGAAGAUGACGUGAUCCCCGAAUUUCUACGCCUUCUGAUACGAGUUCGUUGAUAACGCCAUCAUCGGCGGCUUUAAGUAAGUGUAGGGAAUAUCAAUGAGGUUUUAAAAAAUAUAAGAACCGGCCAGAUUCUGAACUAGUUAAACAUCAACUAUUUGAUCGACAUAAUGAUGAAAUAAGUAUAUGUAAAGUUAGAAUGUAUGUUGCCAAUUGCCAAUAAGACACCAUCACCAAGAACCAAGACAUUUUCUUGAUCGAACGAUGUUUCGUUAUCGUUGUAUCCCUCUGACAAUACUACACGAUCGUAAAAACUUUCAAGAAAUCAACUCAAGGGCAAUUUCAUGUUUCUGUCUUCAUCUUUGUAUUGUCUAAAGAAGAAAAUUGUCGGAUUAUGUAAUAUGCCAUUGGUAUCAUGGUAAUGCUAAUCUUAAUUUUAAAUUAAAUCAAAUUAAAUUUUCAAAAGGUGGACUGAUGCACAACAAAGCGAUUGAAACUGCCUUAGGUUGUUUUUGUUUUUUAGUAUUGCGAUAAUGUUGAAACUUCUUGUUGAUAAUGACCUUUCAGGUUAAUUGUGAAUGAAAUCGUUAUCUUGAUAGAAUUAUUGAUACGU